GGCAAAAGGCCUGCCCGAGAUAUUUCCCUAUCUUUGCAACUGGGCAUCCUCAUCGCCUAAAAUCUGGGGACACAGGGCGGGAUUACGCAAGACGGCAUCUGCACUGAUUACAUUAACCGACAGAGCGUGAACGCAGCUUUGGUGACAGGCAGGGCGCGUCCCGCGUGAGGUGUGCAUCCGGGCUGGUUUACGGAGGUGCUUCCGACGAAUCGAGAGUGAAGCGCGAUCAUCCCCCGUUCUGAAAGGACACCGCCAAGGGCGCCAACACCACCCAAAGAAGUAAGGACCUCGCAUCCUGCCGGACCCAGCCCGAACAGCUCAAGCGCCUCACAGCCCCCUUCCUGGGAGAUGCUCUCCCUGGCAUCACCGCCUCGACCGUGCCCUCUUCGUCCGCAACGCUCGCGUGCGCCACAGCCCAUCGCCGCCGGCGCAGCUGCCACCCCCACCAACGGCGGCGCACGCACUUGCACAGCACCGCCACAAUCCGCGUUACUGUCGCCAGCAGCAGCAGGGGCGAAGCAGCUAGUACUCAGCACAGCUUCCUUCUCCCAGCAGAGGCUUCCCCGAAGCCACAGCAACCGCUUCGCUUCCAUGGCAGCUGCUGUCGGUGCGGGUCCCUCCGCUGCUGGGGGAGCUGCUGCUGCUGCUGCUACGGCGACCAAGGAUGAUACCUUUGUCUCCAUUCCAGCGGAUGCCAAGGUGCUUUUGAUUGGUAUCACCGGUGCCACGGGCAGGAGUGCGCUGCAGGGGCUGCUGGCGGCUGCUGGCCGACCCAUGGGUCGCAGCGGCCCUCACCAGUACCAGCUGCUGGCCAUGAGUCGGAACACGCAGGGCGCGGCGGCGAGGGGGCUGCCGGAGGGGGUGCAGGUGGUUGCGGGCGACUUGGAUUCCGCAGCCUCCCUGGAGGCAGCCUUGCGGGGCGUGGACGUGGUGUACUGCCAUGCGCUGUCCAAGGACGCGGUGAAGGCGGACCCUCAGGAGCUGGUUCGGGCCAGGAACCUGGCAGCAGCGGCCAAAGCAGCAGGCGUACGACUGAUCAUGUACAACAGCAGCGGAGGUCGUGGAUGCGGGUACGGCAUUACUCAGAUGGAGCAAAAGCACCAGGUGGAGGACAUCUUGGCGGCUGCCGUACCAACGGUUGCGUUGCAGGCCACGCUAUUCAUGGAGGAGCUCUGGAAGCGCUACACGCGGCCCGGCAUCCUGAAGGGCACUUUCACCUGGAGCACGCCCUCUGACCGCAGGCCGCUGCAGCUGGUUGCCGCUCGGGACUUGGGACUUGUCGCCGGCAGCCUGCUGGCAUCCCCCGAGGGCGGACUACAUGUGCCGUACAUCCAACGCGUUCAACCGCCCCAAAAACCUCAGCGGGCUCAGCAGCCUCUGCGGCUGCGAGCGUUGGAGCUGGCGGGGGAUGAGCUCACUCCGGCGCAAAUGUGCGAGGAGUUUGCAAAGGUGCAGGGCCGCCCCGUGCAGCACCGGCGGGCGCCCGCGUGGCCCUUCUGGUUCCUGGCGCGAGACGUCUGGCGCAUCGCCAGGUUCCUGACUGAGCGAGGAUACUGUGCGGAUGUGGCGGCUUGCCGGAAGCAGUUCCCUGGUAUGAUGACCUUCCAUGACUUCCUGGUUACCUCCCGCUGGGCUGACCCCGCCCUGAGCUUCGAGGACGGCAUCUCCUUCACAUCCAGCCCGCCGGCUGACCCGGCUGCCACAUCCAACCCAACUGCCACGUCAUCCACUCCGUUGACCCCUCAGCAACAGCAGCAGAAGCAGAAGCAGUGAUGCACCGCCUUGGCACACAGGGGCGGCACUGCAGCUGCAGCUGCGGCGGUGUAGAGGCUAGUGUAGCAGUGCAGGUACAUAUAUGUCGAGACGGUGGCUAACAUUAGUGGUAUAGGCUAAGCAGCUGCAGUAGCUAUGGUGGUGUUGAGUGCAUUACGUUAGGGUAUCGCCAUGGUUGGCUGUAGCAUGAGGUGAGGAAGGAUGGAAAGGAGGAGGGAAGGGGAAGGUGGGGCCACAAGUGAGUCGUCCAGACUUUUGUGAGCUCUGUCAGGCGGUUUGCAACUUGUUUGUUGGUACUGCGUAAUGAAGGAAAAUCCAUUUUGCCAUGCAUGCAUGCGCUCACGCCUGCGCAUGGGGCACUGAUCAGAAGAUUUGGAGAAUGGCAGCAGAGCAGCAGUACUGCAGGUGAGACGUGGCCGUGGAAUAGACCGCAGUAUACUACUUGGUAUUGUUGUUUCAAGGACUGGGAGUUCUUUCGUAUCUUUGUUAGGCUGUUGUUAUGUUGUUGAACAGUGUUGAACAGUGCUGUAUUGAGGUUGCGUAAUUGCUGUUGCCAGUCGCCUUCUACUGGUAUGAAGAUAGCUGCGGAUGGGGGUAUUGGGGAAGGGGCACCAGCCCCUUCCCCCACCAAAAUGUACCGGUAUACCGGACAAGAGCUCCGCAGACGGCUGCGACACUCCACGCUAGUUAACGUCUUGAGUGUAAAGCGUGUGCCUUCAAUGGUUCGCGUUCCCGAAUAAAACGUGAAUGGGCCAUUCGGAAUGGCCGCCGGAUGUCGUACGGAUGGUAUGUACGGCAUGUCUCGCUAGGUCUAACGUCGAAAGGCCCCUAUGGCAUAGGGGAUGGCGUAGAGUGUCGCAGCCGUCUAUGGAGCUCUUCUAUCCUUUGGAACCGUAAGCACCUUGGAACCUUGCGAUCCCGGGUCCUUACAUGUCUCUAUACAUCUAUGUAAAUUAACACGCUCGUGCAGUACUUUGCUUCCGAUCGAC